AUGGCUGCUCCUCAGGACUGUGAUAUUGUUGACAUACCACUGCGAAGAACUGGACCAGAUGCCGCGACCUUGGACGAGUACGAGCGUGAAGUCGCGAAGGACAAGGGAGCCACAAUCUGGUGGCUCGUCCUCGUACCUAUCACGGUCAUACGUGCCGCACUCCUGGUGCCAAUCGUCUUUUACUGGCAGAUUGCACGCAAUCACGAUGCUAUGAUAACCUCUCAUAUUGAUCUCCCGCAGAAGUUCGCAUCACCCAUACCUUCAGUGGAGCAUUCCGCUGCGACAUGGAGCACGGUUCUCUUUUACUGGCACUCCGCGAUAGUAGUACCGUGCCUCACGUCUGUCGUGGCGCCCUUUAAUCUGCCCAUCGCAGUCGUGGACACCGUGCUCGCAGCAUACCUCUCUAACAUCACCAAUCGACAAGAAGCCUAUAUUCCAUCCGAGUACCGGUUCUGCCGCGACCUGCGCGCAUGGGAUCGACCAUGGAAAGCUGACAAUGGCUACUUCGUGUUCGCAGCAGAGCGAGCUGGCAGAGAACACGACGCCGGGUAUCUAUGUAGCACCUUCGUGCGAGAGUGGCAGUAUGGAGUGUCAAUAGUGGUCUUCUACUUCUUGCUUGCCGCCCUGGAAUGGAUGGCCUUCUUCAUCAUGGCACCCUGCGUCCGGUACCAGAUCGCACCCCAAAAGCGAAACUUGAUCAGAGACUUCAGAAUUCUAUGUAUGAUCCCGUCAAUGGCCACCACCCUCAUCAUCUCAAUAUUUCACCAUAUACCGAAAGUCCUCUUUCGCGCAUGCUUGCCCACUACUGUCAAGUGGAGAAUCCGAGCAGGACGGCGAUUCGCCAUCAAAUUUGGCACGGGCGUCGAACAGAAGACCGAGACUAAGUUGCACGCCUGGAAUAGCAAAGCAAGAAAACGAUACAUCGAUGCCGACCCAGAAGGACCAGUACCUCCGCUUGCAAAAUUCCUUAGCAAUUACGAUGCUCUAAUCCUAUUGAUAAAACAGCUACAUUAUGCUGAUGUGCUGACGCUGGCCCGGACCUGCAAGAGCGUCCGAAGUGUCGUGCUCCCAUCUCACGACUUUGACCGCCGCCACACGGUCUUCUGCAGAUAUACGUGCGACGAGUCUAAAGAACGCUGCUGGCUGUGUGUGAGCCAAAUCUGCGAGACUGGCAUCUCGAAUCUUGUCUACCGUACUGUGACCCUUGCUAUCAGCAGUGGAUCCUUCAGCGCCGUCAGACGGUCGCAUUGA